AAGGUGGGGAGGUCUCUUCCAGCCUCAGGGAUUCUGUGAUCACCAGAGCAGGGUCUCCCAGAGCCUAAAGUGCUCACACAUGGAAUUUAGAAGGAUUGGCUCCUAGGCAAGUGAUUCAUCACAGAGACAGCAGUGAUGUGAGUGAAGAAAAGAGCAAACCAGCCCCCAGAGCUGCUCCAGGAGGAAGAGUCUGCCCCCGUGCUGAGGGCACGGCUUUCCACGGGCUCUGGUGAAGCCCUCAGCACCAGUGGAUGUGCUCAGGUGUUCUGAGGAGCUGGACUGCUCCCCCUCAGCACCUGCACUUCAGCCGGUUCCCGGGAUGGCAGUGGCGCUGGCAGUGGCGCUGGCGGUGGCGCUGGCGGUGGCUCUGGUGCCGCUGGCUGCCGAGGCGGGGAAGGACCCGCUGCUGAAUGUCUGCAUGGAUGCCAAACACCACAAGAGGCAGCCGGGCCCCGAGGGCAAGCUCUACGAGCAGUGCUCCCCCUGGAAGGACAACGCCUGCUGCACAGCCAACACCAGCCUGGAGGCCCACAAGGACCAGUCCUACCUCUACAACUUCAACUGGAACCACUGCGGGCUGAUGCCACCCAAGUGCAAGCGCCACUUCAUCCAGGACACGUGCCUGUACGAGUGCUCACCCAACCUGGGGCCCUGGAUCGAGCAGGCUGACAGCAGCUGGCGUCGGCAGAGGAUCCUGCACGUGCCCCUGUGCAGGGAGGACUGCGAGCAGUGGUGGCAGGACUGCAAGGACGCCCUCACCUGCAAGGAGAACUGGCACCAGGGCUGGAACUGGGCCACAGGCACCAACCGCUGUCCCUGGGGCUCGCCGUGCAGGCCCUUCAGCCAGGUGUUCCCCCGGGCCCGGGACCUGUGCCAGAAGAUCUGGUCCGGCUCCUUCAGCUACAGCCCCGAGCCCCGCGGCAGCGGCCGCUGCAUCCAGAUGUGGUUCGACCCUGCCCAGGGCAACCCCAACGCGGCCGUGGCCGAGUACUAUGCCGGGAGGAGGAGAUCCUCCCUGGCUCACAGCUCCGCUCCCCAGAGCAGCCAUGCUGCCCGUGCCCUGCCCCGGGGCCUGCUGCUGCUGCUGGGCCUGGGCCUGCUGCUGCCCCCCGAGGGGCUGCGGCCUGCGGGGUCCCUCUGACCCCUCUGGGGGCUGCGGGGUCCCUCUGACCCCUAUGGGGGUCCCUCUGACCCCUCCGGCAGGGCCAUGGCACGAGCAGCUCUGUCUGUCUGUCCUGGCGCUCAGCAUGAGCCGUGCUGCUGGACCUUGGCUGCUGACCAGAGCAGGGAUUUCCUGGGCUCUGCCCUGGGGAAGAGCAGGGAGGCUUUGCACCGGUGUGGGAGCUGCUGCACAUCUGUUCCCUCCUCUGGCCGUGUGCUGGCUUGGCUGAGCUCCGGUGCCGCAGCUUUGGGCUGCUGUGACUCCCUGAGGGGUGGCGGGGAUAAUAAAGUCUGGCUCUGGA